CCGCCGCGGUCGCCGCCGAAGCCGAGCUCGGAUCCGCGAGCGCCACCAGGGCAGCAGCCGCCGCAGCCGCCGCCGCUGUGCUGAGGAGCCGGAGACGCGGGCGGACGAGGUGGCGGCGGCGGCGGAGCGGGAGCGGGGAGCGGACGCGGGCGGAGCGCGGCGGCGCGGGCGUAUUCCAGAGAACAAUUUUCAAACAUCUUUCCUUAUAUUUGGCAUUGAGCAGUCAGGGGAUUCAGGCAUAUGAGGAGGUACUGUCACAUAAAACAGUGUCUAGUGAAGACGACAAGAAAGAGAGAAAAGGACCGGAAAAAGAAGCUAAAAUACCAUAGGAAACCAUGAGAUCUAUUAGAUCUUUUGCCAAUGAUGAUCGCCAUGUUAUGGUGAAACAUUCAACAAUAUAUCCAUCUCCGGAGGAACUUGAAGCUGUUCAAAAUAUGGUGUCUACUGUUGAAUGUGCUCUUAAACAUGUCUCAGAUUGGCUGGACGAAACAAAUAAAGGCACAAAAACUGAGGGGGAGACAGAAGCAAAGAAAGAUGAGGCUGUAGAAAACUAUUCAAAGGAUCAAGGUGGCCGAACAUUGUGUGGGGUAAUGAGGAUUGGCUUGGUUGCAAAAGGCUUGCUGAUUAAAGAUGAUAUGGACCUAGAGCUGGUUUUAAUGUGCAAAGACAAACCCACGGAAACCCUGCUAAAUAUAGUCAAAGAUAAUCUUCCCAUUCAGAUUCAGAAACUGACAGAAGAGAAAUACCAAGUGGAACAAUGUAUAAAUGAAGCUUCCAUUAUAAUUCGGAACACGAAAGAACCAACACUGACUUUGAAGGUGAUACUUACUUCCCCUCUAAUUAGGGACGAAUUGGAGAAGAAGGAUGGAGAAAAUGUAAUGAUGAAAGACCCUCCGGACUUAUUGGACAGGCAAAAAUGCCUGAAUGCCUUGGCUUCUCUUCGACAUGCCAAAUGGUUUCAGGCAAGGGCAAAUGGAUUAAAAUCAUGUGUAAUUGUCCUCCGCAUUCUGCGUGAUUUGUGCAACAGAGUUCCUACAUGGGCACCAUUGAAAGGAUGGCCACUAGAGCUUAUAUGUGAAAAGUCUAUAGGUACUUGUAAUAGACCUUUGGGCGCUGGGGAGGCCUUGAGACGAGUAAUGGAGUGUUUGGCAUCUGGAAUACUACUUCCUGGGGGUCCUGGUCUUCAUGAUCCUUGUGAGCGAGACCCAACAGAUGCUUUGAGCUAUAUGACCACUCAGCAAAAAGAAGACAUCACUCAUAGUGCACAGCAUGCACUUAGACUAUCAGCCUUUGGCCAGAUUUAUAAAGUGCUGGAGAUGGACCCUCUUCCAUCUAGUAAGCCUUUUCAGAAGUAUUCCUGGUCAGUUACUGAUAAAGAAGGUGCUGGGUCUUCAGCUCUAAAGAGGCCAUUUGAAGAUGGAUUAGGGGAUGAUAAAGAUCCCAAUAAGAAGAUGAAACGAAACUUAAGGAAAAUUCUGGAUAGUAAAGCAAUAGACCUUAUGAAUGCACUAAUGAGAUUAAAUCAGAUCAGGCCUGGGCUUCAGUAUAAGCUUUUGUCACAGUCUGGCCCAGUUCAUGCCCCAGUCUUCACAAUGUCUGUAGAUGUGGAUGGCACAACAUACGAAGCCUCAGGACCAUCCAAGAAAACAGCAAAGCUUCACGUGGCGGUGAAGGUUUUACAGGCAAUGGGAUACCCAACAGGUUUUGAUGCAGAUAUUGAAUGUAUGAGUUCCGAUGAAAAAUCAGAUAAUGAAAGCAAAAAUGAAACAGUGUCUUCAAACUCAAGCAAUAAUACUGGAAAUUCUACAACUGAGACCUCCAGUACCUUAGAGGUAAGAACUCAGGGUCCUAUCCUCACAGCAAGUGGCAAAAAUCCUGUGAUGGAGCUCAAUGAAAAAAGAAGAGGUCUCAAGUAUGAACUCAUCUCAGAGACUGGUGGAAGCCAUGACAAGCGCUUUGUAAUGGAGGUAGAGGUAGAUGGACAGAAAUUCAGAGGUGCAGGCCCAAACAAGAAAGUGGCCAAGGCAAGUGCGGCACUAGCUGCCCUGGAGAAGCUCUUUUCUGGACCCAAUGCAGCAAAUAACAAAAAAAAGAAGAUCAUUCCUCAGGCAAAGGGUGUUGUGAAUACGGCAGUAUCUGCAGCAGUCCAGGCAGUUCGGGGCAGAGGAAGAGGAGCUCUGACAAGGGGAGCCUUCGUGGGGGCUACAGCAGCUCCCGGCUAUAUAGCUCCAGGUUACGGAACACCAUAUGGUUACAGCACAGCUGCUCCUGCAUAUGGUUAAUACUUUUAAGCAGUUUUCAGCACGUUUAUCUCACUUUAUUCUCGUUCUCCUCGGAUCUCCGUAGCCAUAUCACUUGUAUAAAAUAGGCUGAGAUAUAGUGACUGUAAGCUGUGAUCUCAGUAUACAAAGGUAAGCUCUUUUAUUUUCUGAUUAAAGAAAAAAUAACCAAUUAACACAACCUGCAUAUAUGACAAUCAUAUGAUGUAUUUGAUCUCUUAGGUCUUAUGUCACUGCAUAACUUAAAAUUUUUAUGGUCUGAAUGUAAAAUAGUAAUUUUCAGCAUUUGUUUUAAUACUCUUGUAAAUGCUUUUUAUUCAAGAGAACCAUUUCACAUUUACUGAGUCAAGUGUAUUUUGUGGGGAGAAACUUAGGAUAUAGUGUAUAUGUAAGUUAUACAUACAGAAGCACCUGUUUUAAUGUAAUAAUUCAGCUGUAGCAGUACUAUAUAAGGAGAGUUAAAGUGAGAGGGCACUGUCUUGGCCAAGAAGCUGGGGUAUCAGAAGCAGGAAUGCUGGUGACAGUGCUGUAGGGUUCAUGUGUGCAUUUGCUGCACAGGCUGAGGGUACAAGUGCCAAUCUCUCAAGAAGAGAACCUUCUCCGACCUGUGCUGCAUGCCCUAAUACAGCAACAGCAAGAAGCCAUUAAAAACAAAAAGCAAUAGAGAAACACAAAAGACAAAAGAGUGAACUAUGGGGAAUAUGUGUAAUUGGCUGAGUUAAGCUAAUUAUUUGCUGAAUCAACUUGAGCAAGACUCAGAAAGGUGAAUACUGAGUCUGUAGAAACCAAAUCGACUUAAGGAAUCUGUCUGUCUUUAUCAAGUUAGGUACCUAGAAUAUCAUUUCUCACUGUAUUCAGUCAUGAACAGGGUUCAUUUAAAGAACAUGAGGGUUAGAUCAAAUGCUUUAAUAAGGAUUUGCUUAAGUUAGUAUAUCCCACAAAUACACCUCAUUAUGUUAGAUGCUUAGCUGUGUGUUUGUGUGUGAAUAAAUUUUUAUGUUUUACAUUUCUUUCUGUAGCAGUUUCUGUUUAUCUCUAGCAUUGAGGCUGCUGGAACUUUGUUCCCAUACGGAACCUGCAGUUCAUGAGUUCGGCUUCUGCUAAAGGCUGUGCAAAGCAGAGUAGGUGCAGUGCAGCUCAGUCCUGUGCCUGCUGAUGCAGCUUUUUCUGGAGCCAGGGAGCAGAGGCUCCGACCAACGGAAACAUCUUAAGUAUGAAAGUUUCCUUGCUGACGGAAUUGGCCUUGUUGUAAAUAAAUACCCUACUUUCGGAGAUAGUGUAUUAACAGUGGCAAAAGUUAUUAAUUUAUUUAGCAGUUUAAUUAUAAAAUAUUGGAUAUUGUAGGCUUUUCGACACCACAAAUUGGUGUUACUUGAGGAUAUCCUCAAGUAGCAUAUUUCUCUGGCAUUCUUGGGGGCCUAAGAUCUGCUCUGGUUAUGCUACUCAUGCUCUGUCCAAGUGUAUGGUCAGAAAAUGGGGCAUCAGCCCACUGCAGCCCUGCUUGGCAGCACUUGCUAGAGUCCUGCAAAGAAUACAGUGGGAAAUAUAAGCACUGACUACAUUCUUUAAAUGGCAGGUGAGUGUUAGAGUUACAAGAAGUCACUUGCUGUAAUUUUUCUGAUUCUUAUUUUUCACAAAUGGUAGGAGCUGAGAAUAGUCAGUACUAAGUUAAAAUGAGCUAGAGAUGUUCCCCCUCCCCCCUCAAGCUGUCUGGAGCUUGUAAACCAGAGGCAUUGUGAGCAGAGUGAUAUCUGAAAGCAGUUCGCUCUGUGAAUGGUCUGCCUUUCAUUUCUCCUCUUAAUGCCAGUACCUCCUCAAGUCACCCGGAACUGGAAAGAUGCCAUGGCAUUUAGGCUUGUUCUCUGCAACAUCUGAUACCAUGCAGCCAGUGAUCAUGGGUUCCUUAGCAUGACUAGGAGGCUAAAGGAGGGAGAUGUUUGGGGUAUCAGUGACAACAGCAGACCCAAGCACCUCCAGUCAAGAGGAGCUUUAAUACUGGUGUGUGUUUUCUGUAGCACCUAAUUGACAGAGCACAGUGCAGCCUGCUUAAGAGUGAGUUCCACUUUUCCUAAUAGUAUCUUACAGAAAGACUGUUUUAAGUAAGGAAUUCAUGUUGGAUUUGUUGUACAAAUAGAUAUUCUUUCCCACAUACCAUCGUUUCAGUUAGGAACUAACAGCUUCCGUUAAUGUUUGAAGCACUGAUCCUUGGAAGUAUUUAAAAAUAGAACCAUAAUGCAAAUUUGGGUUAUAUAAGCUUUACAGCACAGCUAGAGACACAGAAUAGAAACUAUGAGAAUCUGGGCCAAAGCAUUUCUCUUACUCCAGCCUGUUCCUGAGGAGCUUGGAAAUCUGAUGAGUUCAUAUAUUCAAAGCUUUUCAUGGUACCUGCUACAUAGGAAGUGCUCUGUGAAUGCUGAGUCUGCUGUUCUGUUUGAGGGGGAACGAAGGACACCAGGGAGGUGGGGCUCUGCUGGCUUAAACAGCAGCUGCAUGGCCUGCUCAGGGUAGAGUUCACUUAUUCUUUGUGCUCAUUCAUAGGAUUGGGCAGCUCCUAGGCAGAGGCCAGACUCAGUGGUACAGAUUUGCUCAUUUCUGCUGCAGCAGUUCGAUCACCAGCCGGCUUGUAGCCCAGAGUUUGUAAAUACUUGUUUAGGAUUUAUGGGUGCUUAGAAUUUCACAAGGGCUGAACUUAGUCCAUCUAUCUACCUGCUGAUUCAAGUUUCCUAUUCACACUUCAGUAAUAAAAAAACAACAAAAACCUACAAUGGCCAGAAGAUAGUCUUUAAAACUGUGGUGUUUGGUGGUAGAGAACAAGUUAUUAUAAACCUCAGAAGGAAAGGAGGGAUCCUAGGAAGUAUAGUUAGAAUGCUGUGGACUCAGACUCUUCUGUGAUUCUUGAUUCUUGGUUCAUGCAUGGCUGGACAGUGGAAAGCAUCUGCGCUAAUCACCACAUGAGGCCUCCUUUCUGUCUGAUAACUCUUAGGGCAUUAUUAGUCUGUUUGUAUCUCUAUCCAUUUGACUACUUAUUUGGACACAACUGGAAAUUUCUCUUUGAGAUCAG